UCUCUCUCUCUUCCUUUUGCUUCGUAAACCAAAAACCACACACACCACAAUUUACAUUUUAUUUAGGAACAAAACAAGAACAAACAAAGGAAAAAAAAAAAAAUCCCAGACAAGAACCUCCCAAAAAUGUUCAUCAAAAUUAAUACACCACGGAGAAAGAAAGAGACACACACAUGCAGACUCACAGCAAAAGCAAACAUUUCAUGUUUUUCAUUUUCAUCUUAAAUAACUAAAUAGUUUUAGUUUUAGCAAAAAUGAAAAUAAAUAGCCCUUAAAAUUUAAGAUAGAAAUCUAAACUAAGAGAAGAUAAAGAUUUAAGAUAACAAAUAAGAAAGGCAUAUUUUUCUUAUCUUUGGCGUGUUAUUGAUUUUAUAGCGUUCGUUAAAGUCCUGUUUGACAGGAACAACAAAACACACACUCUGACACCGUUCGUUCGUAAAAAAGAGAAUCCAAAAAAAUUAAAAAGAAAACGGAUUAUAAUUCGAAGAAGCAAAAAAAAUCAAAAAUUUAAAAGGGAAAUUAUUAGUAUGAAACGUGGUGGUGGAAUUCUAGUAGGAGUAGCAGUCAAGAGCAACAACAACUGUUGGUUUAUUAGUUUUGUUUUUCGAUUAUUAAUAUUCUUAUCUUACUAUUGUUUUUUUUUUUCUUUCUUGGUUCUUUUAUUCUUCUUGGUUGUUCUAUCUUUUCAAUCCUCACAAAAUACACACAGCUUUUAUAUUUUACCCUUUAUCUAUUGCUGUUAUUGUUUUCAUCCCUUGUGACUUUCCUUUCCUUUGCGAUUACGAAAUUGGGGUUUGAUCCAGAGAGAGAGAAAGGCAUAAAAUUUAAGGAAGAACAGAGAUUGAUUUUCCAUAGGAACCCUAAUUUUCUUUUUCUUGUUCUUUUGGGGUUCUGCGAUUUGUGGGGUUUUGUGAAGCGGUGAUUGGAAAGUCUCGAUCUUUGAUCGGUUUUCGUCGAUGGAGGGCGAGGGUUGUUCAGAGGGAGAGAAUAAUCGGAAAAGGGGUGGCUCUGAUGAUGAUAGCAAUGAGAAUAACAACAACAACAAUAACGGAAGCAGUGGCAAGAUUGUGAAUUCUAAUGAGGGGCAGAGCAAGCCCAAGCGCCAGAUGAAAACCCCUUUUCAGCUUGAAACCCUCGAGAAGGCUUAUGCUGUGGAUAAUUACCCUUCGGAGACGAUGAGGGUGGAGCUGUCUGAGAAAUUGGGGUUGUCAGAUCGACAGCUUCAGAUGUGGUUCUGCCACAGGAGGUUGAAGGACAAGAAGGACUUGCCGUCUAAGAAGCCACCACGGAAGGUGCUGGCAGAGCCAUUGCCGGAUUCGCCAAGGGACGACCCCAGGUUGAGCCUUGAGCUUGCUAAUGAAUAUGGAUCCGGGUCCGGUUCAGGUUCCAGCCCGUAUGCCCGAGUGGAGCCCCUGAAUGUGGUUCCUCGGUGUGUGCCUGGUUAUUAUGAGUCCCCACAGGCUAAGUUGGAGCUUAGAGCAAUUGCUUGUGUCGAGGCGCAGUUAGGGGAGCCAUUGAGGGAUGAUGGACCGAUUCUAGGGCUAGAGUUUGAUCCAUUGCCACCAGAUGCCUUUGGGGCACCUAUAGCAGCAGUUACAGAACAGCAGAAGCUACCUAGUUUUGCCUAUGACAGUAAAAUAUAUGAAAGACAUGAUGCUAGAACAAAUAAGGCUUUGGCAAGGACAUUCCGUGACAAUCAAUUUCUACCAAACAAGUCUGGCAUUAGGUCUGAUGCUUCUGGACAGUUCAGCCAAUCUCAUUUACACGAUCCAAUUGAAGGUUUUGUCAGAAAUCCUCCUUUUGCACAUGGAAAUGAACAUCUACCUAGAAUUCAUGCUACUAAAGGUCAUUCUUCUCGUGUUCGUCUCUUGUCUCAACAAGACAAGCAAUUGAUUCCCUAUCAAUCUCCUUCUCGGGAUGAUGAUGCUGCCCCUCAAAGGGAAUUGUACCCAAACAUAGCUAAUGCUGGAAAGAACUCUCACUCUACUGGUCACCAAAUUGUUGGGCCAGAAAAUCUCCAUGCUCUACCUAGUGUACAAGUUUUGCAUAACAAUGCUACAUGGAUUGAGAAGAAACGAAAGAGUGAUGAUGCCCACGAUGUUGAAGCCCACGAGAUGAAAAUCCGGAAAGAGCUUGAGAAACAAGACAACCUCAGACGAAAGAGUGAAGAGCGGACAAGAAAAGAAAUGGAGAGACAGGAUCGUGAAAGAAAGAAGGAAGAAGAAAGGUUGAUGCGUGAGAGACAGCGAGAGGAGGAAAGAGCAAGACGUGAGCAAAAACGUGAAAUGGAGCGAAGGGAAAAGUUUUUGCUGAAAGAAAAUUUAAAAGCAGAGAAAACCAGGCAAAGAGAAGAGCUUCGCAAAGAGAGAGAAGCAGAGAGAAGGAAAGCUGCUCUUGAGAAGGCAACUGCUCGUAGAAUGGCCAAGGAAUCUAUGGAACUUAUUGAGGAUGAACAGCUGGAAAUGAUGGAGUUGGCUGCCUCAAGCAAGGGGUUUUCCUCUAUUGUCCAUCUUGAUUUUGAUACUCUGCAACACAUUGAGUCAUUUAGGGAUUCAUUGUGUGUUUUCCCACCAAAGAGUGUAAAGCUAAGAAAACCAUUUGCAAUCAAACCCUGGAUCAACUCAGAAAACAAUGUUGGCAAUCUUCUCAUGGUUUGGAGAUUUUUGAUCAACUUUGCUGAUGUUCUAGAGUUAUGGUCUUUUACUCUAGAUGAGUUUGUUCAAGCAUUUCAUGACUAUGACUCAAGAUUGUUGGGUGAGAUACAUGUUUCUCUUCUUAAGGUGAUAAUAAAGGACAUUGAAGAUGUUGCAAGGACACCUUCUACAGGAUUAGGAGCGAAUCAAAAUGGUGCUGCUAACACUGGAGGUGGCCAUCCAGAGAUUGUGGCAGGCGCGUAUGCAUGGGGUUUUGACAUACGAAAUUGGCACAAGCACUUAAAUCUGUUGACAUGGCCAGAAAUUUUCCGACAGCUAGCAUUAUCUGCUGGAUAUGGACCACAGUUGAAGAAAAGAAGUAUUUCUUGGUCAUAUGCAAAUAAUAAAGAUGAGGGCAGAAGUUGUGAAGAUAUCAUUUCUACACUUCGUAAUGGUUCAGCGGCUGAAAAUGCAGUUGCAAAAAUGCAUGAGAGAGGUCUGUUAGCCCCUCGAAGAUCUAGACAUCGAUUAACUCCUGGUACAGUUAAGUUUGCAGCAUUUCAUGUUCUCUCGCUUGAGGGUGAGAAGGGAUUGAAUGUACUAGAACUUGCAGAAAAAAUUCAGAAAUCCGGUCUUCGAGACCUGACGACCAGCAAGACUCCUGAGGCAUCGAUUUCUGUUGCUUUAACCAGAGAUGCCAAGCUUUUUGAAAGAAUAGCUCCAUCAACAUAUUGUGUACGUGAGGCAUUUAGAAAGGAUCCUGCUGAUGCUGAGUCCAUUCUUUCAGAAGCAAGAAAGAAAAUUCAGAUAUUUGAAAAUGGGUUUCUAGCUGGUGAGGAUGCUGAUGAUGUUGAAAGAGGAGAGUCAGAAAGUGAUGAAAUUGAUGAGGAUCCUGAAGUUGAUGAUUUGGUAAAUCCAACAAGUGCUAACAAAACAUCUGAACAGUGUGAUGAUUUCUCAUCAAAUGGAAAAGAAAAUUUGGGUCAUAAUGUUGAACUGCAAGGUGAGUUUGAUAAGAAUCUUCCUUGUUUUCCUGAGAGUGGUUCCAAGAAUGCUGAUGCUCCAAUUGCUGUAACUGGACAAUCUGGUGCUUGUGAAGAUCUGGAUGUUGGAAAUCUUGGUGAAGAUAAUAUGGAAAUUGAUGAAAGAAAGCCUGGAGAGUCAUGGGUUCAAGGGCUUGCAGAAGAAGAAUAUUCUGAUCUCAGUGUAGAGGAGCGUCUAAAUGCUCUUGCUGUGUUGGUUGGUGUGGCAAAUGAAGGAAAUUCAAUCCGUGUUGUUCUUGAGGAUCGUUUGGAAGCAGCAAAUGCUCUGAAGAAACAAAUGUGGGCAGAAGCACAAGUAGAUAAAGUUCGUCUAAAAGAUGAUACUUUCAGUAAAUCUGACUUUCCGUCUAUCAAUGGGAAUAAAGUUGAAAUACAAUAUUCUUGUCCUGUCACGGAGGGCAAGCAAAGCCCAUUGCUUGGCAUUAAUAUUGGCAAUAAUAUUAAUAAUAGUGUGCCCUCUCCUAGCAUUGCGGAAAAUCAUAAAGCAGCUUCUGGUUCACAGAGCCUGUCUGUUGAAAAACACUCUUCAGUUCAAGAUCUUUGCACUGGUCCAGAUAACCCUCAGGCUCAGUCAUUUGUACAAUAUUCAAAAAGGUCACGUUCUCAGUGGAAAUCUUAUAUUUCCCACAUGGCAGAAGAGAUGUAUGUCUACAGAUCCUUACCCCUCGGGCAAGAUCGCAGACGUAACCGUUAUUGGCAAUUUGUUGCAUCUGCUUCUUCCAAUGAUCCUGGUUCUGGCAGAAUCUUUGUUGAAUAUCUUGAUGGCAAUUGGAGGCUUAUUGAUACUGAAGAGGCAUUUGAUGUGCUUCUUAAUUCACUUGAUUCACGUGGGAUCAGGGAAUCUCAUUUGCGUCUAAUGUUGCAAAAGGUUGAGAUUUCCUUUAAGGAGAAUGUUCGUCUGAAUACUCAAUGUUCCAAAAUUGGAAGCAUAGGUGAAACAUGUGUUAAAAAUGAAGCUGAUGAAACAGAUUCCAGUCCUGAUCGGCAUACUGGAUCUGACAGUCCUAGCAGUACCCUUUGUGGCUUGAAUUCUGACACUUCAGAAACUUCAUCAUCCUUCAAAAUUGAGCUUGGGAAAAGUGAGAGUGACAAGAAAUCUGCCUUGAGAAGGUAUCAAGAUUUUCAAAAAUGGAUGUGGAAAGAAUGCUAUAACUCACCAAUAUUGUGUGCAAUGAAAUAUGGGAAGAAGAGAUGCAAACCUCAGGUUGUCAUCUGUGAUAUCUGUCUCAACCCUUAUUUCUUUGAAGACUCCCAUUGCAGUGGUUGCCACCAGACAUUUUCCUCAAAUAGUGGAUUUAGUUUUUCUAAACAUGCAUUUCAAUGUGGAGAUAAAUUAUCGAAAAAUAUUUGUAUUUUGGAUUCUUCUCUUCCCUUACGGACAAGAUUGCUGAAAGCCAUGCUAGCUUUUAUUGAGGUAUCUGUUCCGCCUGAAGCAUUUCAAUCAAAUUGGACAGAAGAUAUUAGGAGGCAUUGGAGUGUGAAGUUGAGCAAAUCAUCUUCUGUUGAGGAACUGCUACAGAUAUUGACCUUACUUGAGAGAGCAUUGAAGCGAGACUUUUUAUCAUCAACCUUCUCUACAACAGGGGAACAGUUGGGUUUGAACAGUAUGUCAAAGAGUGCUGCACAGACCUCCACUGAUCCUGAAUCAGUUGCUGUACUUCCAUGGGUUCCACUGACCACUUCAGCUGCGUCUCUCAGACUUCUUGAGUUUGAUGCAUCCAUUGUCUACGUACCGCAUGAGAAACCUGAACCUUGUGAGGAGAAAGAAGAUAGGGUAUACAUGAAGCUUCCUUCAAGAUAUAAUCCUUCUAAAUCUAGUAAAGCGGCUGAAGCAGCAGACUUGGACCAUGACGAAUUCAUGAAAGUUAAAUCUGCUUCUGUGAAGAUUGUGCAAAGCAACAAUAAACGAGGACGAGGGAGUCGUGAUAAAGGACGGGGUAAAAAGCUAUCUAAAACCAAACAAAAUACUGGCCAUCGUGGUGCUAAGGUUGCUGGGAAUGCAAGUCAAAGGAUAAAACAACAGGAAGUGGGAUCACAAGGACAAGCUGGUGGACGUGGUCGCCGAACAGUUAGGAAAAGAAGAGUGGGGAAGAAGGCUGUUGAAGAUUUGUUGCUGGGCCAUAGGGGUGCCACUCAUAGCUCGAGCAUUGGUAGAGAAUCGUUGAGAAGCAUGGAUGAGGACUGGGAUGAUGAAAAGGCAAGUCCCGUGACACCCAUCCACAUGGGGGCUGCUAACAAUAGUAACAGCAUUGAAGAGGCUGAAUCUGAUGACAAUGUUCAAGCAAUGGAGUCUGAUGACAAUGUCCAAGCAAUGGAAUCUGAUGACAACGAACAAGCUGCAGAAUCUGAUGACAAUGGUCAAGCUGUGGAAUAUGAUCAAGGAAACUGGGAAAUAGGUUUUAAUGGUGCCCCUAGCAGAUGGAGUAGGGAUUUGGUUGGAAUGAGUGAUGAUGAUGUGGAAGCUUCUGAAGACGAUGAUGACAAUGACAAUGUCAUUGGCAUUGAAAACAAUGGAGAGGAGGAUUCAGAGGCAGAUGCUAUGAGUGAGGAGGGUUCAGAUGGUACAGCAAACAGAAUUGUAAAUGAAGAAAGCUCAGAGUCGGAUGUCUCUGAAGAUUCUUCUGAUUAGAACAUUGUUUUUAAAGGGAAAGGAUCCUCUACAUUUUCUUUUUUCUCUAUUUCUUCCAUUUCACAAGUUUUUGGAAAAAUAAAUAAAAAAACGCAGAUGAUACACACUUUAUGAAGAGUAUCAUUAUUUUCUCAAAAACUUAAUAAUUGAAGAAAUGGAUAGAAAAGGAAACAAACAGGAUCUUUUCUUGUUUUUUAAGGCUGCGUUACAUUUUUCCCCCUAUAUUGCAGCCAGCUUUACAAGGUACCUGAGCUCCAAAGUCACGGCAAGGCUUCAUAGUUCAUAAUAGUUUUAUGGUUGAAUAGACUAAUAGUGUAUAAUAGAUAUAUAAACCCGCCCAUUGCGUGGAUUCUUAAGAAAAUUUAUAAAAAAAGUUAAUAUUAUUAUACAAUCAAUAAUUCAA